AUGCCUUUUGGCCCUUCGAUGGCCCCAAACAGCUUCUUCGGCCACAAUGCGAACGUGGUCAAGUUUUUCGAGAUUAGAUUGGACUCGCGCAUUAUCGUCCUAAGCGGAAGUCCUCAUGAAGCUUCAAGUGCGUUGCUCAAGGGCACCGUCGUUCUCUGUGUUUCGGAGCCGUUUCAUGUCAAGAAUAUCCACCUUCGCCUGACUGGCACUUCGCGAGUAGCUUGGGCUGCCAAGAUCGAUGCGAACAGCUCUUCGACCCGCUAUGUGAAACAGGAAUCUGUCUUUUACAAACAUGAGUGGAUGCUUUUGGAUCCAGGGAAGCGAAAGACUGAAAACUUAUCUCCGGGUAAUUAUGAGUAUCCGUUUGAGGUGAUUAUUCCUGGCGACACGCCGCAGAGUAUCGAAGGCCUGCAUGAUAGCUUUGUCAUUUAUCGAAUGAAAGCCACCGUCGAGCGGGGCAUGUUGGCGCAGAAUUUGCAUGCGAGACGGCAUAUGCGUAUUGUCCGGACUCUGGACCCUAGUGCAUUGGAGCUAGCGCAUGCGAUGUCCGUUGAGAAUAUCUGGCCAAACAAGAUCGAGUAUUCGAUCAGUAUUCCGAGCAAAGCCGUCGUUUUCGGCACAUCGGUUAAUGUCGACCUUGAUCUGGUUCCUCUCCUCAAGGGUCUGAAAAUUGGCAAGAUACAGCUUGCAAUUACCGAGACUCAGGAGCUGAAUACGGAUGACGACCGGACUCGGAAGAAUGUCCGGGAGGUGUCCUUUGUGGAGACCGAAAUUCCCGAGGACACCGAGACAACUGACAUUGACGGUCAGGAAGGAUACCACGUUCAUCGAACGGUGCCGUUGCCGCCUUCACUGCGAGACUGUAUGCAGGAUGUGGAGUGCCGAGGAAUCAAGAUUCGACAUAAGCUGCGCUUUAACGUUCUUCUGCAUAACCCAGAUGGCCAUGUUUCGGAGCUGCGAGGAUUUUUGCCGGUCAUGAUCUUCAUCUCUCCAAACCUGACGCUCGAUGAUAAUACCAAUAGCCUUGUCGACGGCCAACUUGAUCCGGAAGCUGCUCGAGAGAUUCAUCAAAACGCGCCGCCGCUCUACGGCGAACACCAGUUUGAUCGCUUGUUCAGCGACAUUGACCCGUCCGGUUAUAUGACGCCCGGUGAUGAGGGAAGUGGACUCAACACGCCCUUCCACUCGCAAAGCCGAGCACAUAGUCGAAACGCUUCGUACGAGAACCUGGCUUCGCUGAAUGCCGUGGCACAAGCACCAUCGGCGGAGGCGAUUCAAAAUCGUCUCUAUAACCUUCCGGAGCCCGGAUCCAGUCGCUGGCUACGACGAAAUCACCAAAACAAUUCCGGCUCGACUACUCCGGCGUACGCUUCGGAAAUUGACAGAAGGACUCAUUCACCCCCUCCAACUGGCUCUUAUAGCCAUUCUCCUGCCGCGAGCGUCCCUCUCUCUCGUCGAGGUUCUAUCGACGACCAUUCACCGGACCGUAACGGUGACAAUCUCGAGCUUGACCUUACUUCGCUUUCCCGCGUACCCAGCUAUACAGCUGCAAUGCGGACCUCUGCCAGAACUCCAUUGAGCGAGGAUCUGCCAGACUAUGUUACCGCGACUUCACGACCACCCAGCCCGGUCUCUGGAACGGCGCAUUAUUCCCGUGCUAAUUCGCAUCCGGGAAGCCCUUCUUCGAGCGGGCCGUCAAGUCCUAACAUCCUUCCAUUCCGACCUAGCCUGCAUCACUUUACCAGUUCUCGGGGUCGAUAG